AUGGAAGGCAAGAAGCACCGACAACGCAUCUCAACCGCCUGCCAGGCAUGCCGAAUCAAGCGCACAAAGUGCGACGGAGAUGCGACGCAAUGUUCCGCUUGUCGACGCCGUAACCAAGCCUGUGCGUAUCCACAAGCAAAGCACAACCGCAAGCCGCCCAGUAAAAACUAUGUGCGCGCUUUGGAAGCUCGAGUCAAAUCCUUGGAACAAGAACUAGCCGCCAACAAGCGGCCUGCAGACGCAGCAUGCCAUCAUGAAUCCAGCGGCAUGGCACGUGUCUCGGGCCUCGACCUGGACGACAUCACCAAGACUUUAGGGAGCUUCAACAUUGGUGACGGGGGGACAAUAUGCUACUUCGGCCCCCAAAGCAAUCUUCACCUACUUCGGACAGGCGUGUCGCAGCCACAAGAAGUGCAGCGCCACGCUUGUCCGAACCCAUCAAGCGCAGCCUUCAGACUAUCGGUCGAGAUGCGAGACCAUCUGCUGGACCUUUUCUGGACCUGGCAGAACUCAUGGCAGCGCCUUGUCUCCAGGGACCAGUUUCUGCACGACCUUCACACAUGCCCUUCCUUCCCCAUGGGGAACUUCUCGUCGCCCGCCCUCCUUUCCGCCAUCUACGCCCUGGCCUCGCGCUACUCGGACGCACCCGAGCUCAGAACGGAUCCCAAUGACGCUGCCACAGCGGGUGAUGCGUUUGCGGCCGAGGCCAAGCAGAUGGUGAUGGACGAAUACGAGACGCCCACGGCGGCCACGAUCCAAGCGACGGCGCUGCUCAGCGUGCGCGAGGCGGCGGUCGACAAGGAGGCCCUCGGGUGGAUGUAUUGCGGCAUGGCGGUUCGAAUGGCCCUCAGCCUGGGCUUGCACCUCGACUGCUCUCGCUGCGUCGAGGACGGGACCAUGGCGGCCGACGAGGCAGAGGACCGCGACGUGACGGCCAGGAAGCCCUCGACAUCGUGCAGCGACGAGACUCUUCCUUGUCCCUCAGCCGCCAAAAUGACUCCGCGCAGCUUGAAUGUUGCCAGCUGCUCCAUUCAUACGUGCGAGUUGUUCAGGUCUUCAGCCGGCUUUCUUGAUUCCAUCUACGCCCCGGGUAGCAACAUCGAGGACCGCAAGGCAAUCUCCUCAGAAGCCCAUCUUCGCCUGGCCACCUUCUACAACAAUCUACCGGGCUCUUUGAAGCUGAGUAGAUCGCCGCAACAUGUCUUAGCUCCAAACGUAUACAUGCUGCACCUCCAAUACCACACCGUCAUGAUACUCCUGCACAGGCCGUUCCUCACAUCUUCAAACGGGGGCUUGCGACAUGGCAGCACCCACGCCAUUGCAUGCCAAACCUCAGCCGACUGCAUCGCCGCCAUAUUCCGCUGGUAUAAAAGCCACUACGGCCUGCGCAAAAUCCCCAUCUCAGCCGUCCACUGCGCCUUCACCGCCGCCGUCAUCCUCCUCGCCGCCACCACAUCCGACGAUCCGGCCGUCCGCGGAAGGUCGCUGCAGGGCGCCAAGGGCCUCACGCACGCGCUGGACGAGAUGGACGAGGCGUGGCAGUGGAGCGCCCGCGCCGCCCGCGCCGUCCGGAGCAUCGCCCGCGCGUGGCAGAUCCGUCUUCCCCCGCCCCGGCAGAAGGUACUAUCAUCGUCGUCAUCGGCAGCCGUGGUGCCCGGGGAAAUUCUUGGAGGAGGAGGAGGCGGGCUGGCCUUCGGUUCGUUCUUGGAUCUGGGUCCGGACGGGUUGUUUCCGCCUUGGGAUUUUCCAUUCAGCGGCGGUGACGGGGGUGAGCUGUGGGGAGUAUCAACCGCCUCAUCCAGCGCCUCCGACCUCAUCUCAGCCUCCGAAAAUGACCCAACGUCGUCCGUGCAAGCCGACGAGCUGUACGCCCUCGUCGAUACGCUGCCCUCGAUCCGGCCCCUGGAGCUCCUCGGCGAAUGGUCGUCCGGCAGCCUCCACACCGGCCACCCAAUGGAUGCCUGGCUGCGCUCCAUCAACUGGGUCGGCAUCACCUUCCGCAACGUCGACGACGUCGAGCCCAUUGUCGUCGCCGUGCAGACGAGGGACGGCUCCGGCACAAGGAGGAGGUGGCUGGAGGAGUGGGGGAAUGGAGAGGUCAUCGAAGCCAAGUACAGAGGCGCCGUCUCCUCUGCACUCGUCUGUGAUAAUCAUCCCAUCGUCACCCACUUUCGCAACAUUUCCGAGAAGACGCUGCUGGGCAUCAUGGUGGGCAAAAUGUACCGAGACUCUGGGCCUUUCUUUUUUUAUCUCAAACGAUGA